UGAUGUUGGGUACUCUCACUCCUCCACGGUCCACUGCUCACUGCGGAAUUUCUCCAGAGAUUGGUCUUUUGGCUGUGAGAGGGGUAGGGAGGCCAGUUGCUAGCAGUCAGAUUAGAGACAGCCUAUUGAUGGACUCACCAAGUCAGAACACUAUUUGCGAGGAGGAUGAGGGGUCAACAAUAAUGGACCAAUCAAAAGGGAGCCCAGCGACUUCAGUGACUUCAGAAUCCAAAAAAAUCAAUACAAAUGCCAAACAACUUCAGUCAUACCCUACUACCUCAGGUCAACAUCCCAAAUGUCUGUUUACACAUGGUCUGUCACAGUGUGUCUGCAGUGGACCGAGUGCAGUAGACAGUCAGAGAAGUGCAAGAGAACAUGUACAAGCAAUGUCUAAAAUAAACAAGGAAAAAGGCAGCAUUUCUAAAAGCAGGUCAAAGAAGCCAAGAUGUAGGAAUUUAUCUCCUGAAAAAGGCAUUUGUGGUAGAACAAUUAAAAUACCAACAAGUGGCAAACAAAAAGUCGUAAGAUUACAGGACAUCUAUAGACGAAACAAAUUUGGAGAGACACACCUCCAUCUUGCUGUGAUGAAAGGAGAUCUUCAGUCUCUGAAGGACAUAAUUAAAGUUGGUGCCUCUGUCAACCUGGCAGAUAAUGCAGGUUGGACCCCACUCCAUGAGGCAGUAUUGGGACAGAAUUGCAAGGCUGCAAAAAUUCUAAUUGAAGCUGGAGCCCUAGUCAAUUCUGUAGGUCUUGAAGGAAUCACACCUUUACACGAUGCUGUACAACUUGGUGACUUUAAGCUUGUUCAGCUGCUGUUAAAGUACGGCGCUGAUCCGUUAUUGAAGAAUCAGAAGGGUGACAGUGCCAUAGACCGCAGUCAAGACAAGAAUGUAGAAAAACUGCUGAGGCAAUAUGCGGCUAAGGCUUGUAGGGUGACAAGACAGUCAGCUGCUAUAGAUAAAGCAGAAAAAGAUCAGAAGACCAGUGAUGCUGAACGUAGUUCAGCUGUUUGUCCAGACACUUUCUCUGCAAAUCAUGAAGUAAAAUCAACAGCUCAAAUGUUGCCACAACUAAGAGACCCAACAAAAGUCCCUGAUAAUGAUGGCUCCUUAGCUGUACAAGAGCGAGAGUCUCCAGGAUUUGACACCACAUCUUGCCCAGACAGUGAUCCCGACAGUGAUAUUACUGUGGACUACACCGAGAUUCAGUCACCAUCACCUGAAAACUGGGCUUUAAGUGCUACUCAGGAUUUCUCUGGAGUCACAGACCGAGUAGUUGGUGAAACAAUCAUGGAAAAUGACAUCACCAUAAAUGAGGAGCUUCUUGUAAAUCAGAGUUUGGUUUCAGGCGCAAAUGAAACAAACCUAAAUGACUGGAAAGAUUUGUGCAGGGAGAACACUGAUGAAGCUGUCUUGGGUGGUUCUGGUGGUGAUCAUGAAACAGAUCUUGCAGAGGAGAACUAUUCUGGAGUUGCCAAAAAAAGGAUGCGAAGAAUGACAGUGGCGAGCGAUCAAAACUUUUUAGAUUAUUUGCUCAACUUUGAUCUAAACAGUGUGUCUGUUGUAAACACUGGAAAUGUCAGUAUGGCAAAUGGAGCUACUGCACUGAACAAAAAUGAAUGUACAAAUUUCUCUUCCAGUCCCUCUGUUUGUGAAGAUACGUGUGAUCUCUCACCUGCUCAAAGUAACAUGGAUCAGGAAUGUAGUAUUCCUGUACUUACGUCCUGUCAGAUUAGAGUCAGUGGAUCAUUUGCAGAUGAGCAAUCGCUACCUUUAGAAGAAUCUUCUGAAUCGAACGCAUCUCAAUCUCUACUUUUUGGGCUAAUUCAUGACCACGGACUUAACUGUAAUCCUGAGUCUCAGUUGGGUUUAAUGACAAUAGAGCAGUUAAAACCAACCAUUCAGCAGCUAAAACCUGUUUGUUCAAUUGACUCAACAUUAAAAAGGACCCAGCUUUCUUGUGAAGAAGGCCAAGAAAAACAAACAUCUUUGCCACUACCCUACUUUAACAGUAAUAGUGUUACCUCAGAAUGGUUUACAGACUCUCAAAACAGUGUUGCAAAUGGAGAAGCGUUUGAAGGAUCCAAAGGAAACAUAUUCACUGAAUUGUUCCCUGAAAAUCUUCAUUGUCAGUGUAAUGACCCAGAUGAAUCCAUCAAACAGCUACCGCAACAACAGGAUGAUAUAAUAAACCCAGGUCCCUUUAGUCAUUGUUCUGUUAGUUCUGCAGACAUUCCGGGCAUUAUAUGCAAUGAGAGGCAGUGUGGUGGCACCACUCUAGAUGGUACCUUACAAUUGCAAGCUAGCCCUUUAUGUGAGGAAAAACUGCUUUUAUAUAGCGUGCCAAGCAGUGAAAGGCCAAAAGAUAAUGAAAUCAAUAUUAAUAGUAGUAGAAGGAUUCCCCAAGAUGCUAAUAUUCCUACAGUCUCAUUAGCGUUAGUGUGUGCCAAAGAUGGUAAUACUGCUGUUGAAAAUGAUGAUGCUAAAAGUUCUGCAGAUUCAGACUGCACUGUGAUUGAAGAGCAGGAACUGUUAAAAAGCACCUACAGGGAUAGAGAGGACAUGACAUUUCAAGCCAGGUUAAAUCCUGCCCCAGUAGUCAGCACUUAUGAGGGAGAAAGACAGGACAAGCAGUAUAAUUCAUGUGAAACUGGUAAAGAGCAUAGCAGGAGAGAACCAACAGGUAGCACAACUGAUCCAUUGAGCACAGAGUGCUCUGUCAGCAUGUUGACAGAUUUGUCCCAAAAGCCCUUAUGUUUACUUCCAACACCAGAUAACAAUCAGUGUACAGAGAGUGCAGGACUUCAUAAAGUUGUGGGAAAUGAAAAGGCCUCAUACACCACUAAAAUGAGCCAGCGCAAAAAGAAGCGAUCCAAACAUAAACGCAGCAUGCUGACUAACCACACUGUUGUGCUUAAUGCAGCUACAAAUUAUAACUGGAGAGGUUAUAAAAGAAGAAACAUCCAAAGAAAGAAUUAUUUGGGAGAGACUCUACUCCAUCAAGCCUGCAAGAAAGGAAACCUACCAGAGGUUAAAAGGCUCAUUAAAGAUGGAAUAAACAUUAAUAUUUCUGACAAUGCAGGAUGGACAGCUCUACAUGAGGCCUGUGUUGAAGGUUAUCCAGAUGUGGUGGAGGAACUUUUGCGUGCAGGUGCAAAUGUUACUAGCAGGGGGAUGGAAGGAUUCACUCCUCUCCACGAUGCUGUUCUGUCGGGUAAAUAUGAGAAGCAUUAAGAAAUGAAACUCUUAUGAGCAUCACUUCCAUCCGACUGAUUAGCGAAGAAGAGGUCCUGCCAUCCUACAUGAUGGACAGAUACUGGGAUUCAUUCAUGAACAGUGAUGACUGGAUCUUAUAAAAGCUUGGUAGUUUAUACUGGAACUGGCAAUAAAAACGUUUUGAAUAACGUUCCUUUUUUGGACAUGCGAUAUGUUUGGUUAAAAAUGUUUCUAAUAGAUUC